UGCUCCACCCCACCAAACUCGUCCUUUCUCGUCUUCUCCCUCUUUCGCUCCACAAGUGUACCCUGGCGGUCACUUCUCUUCUCCUUUCUGCCCUCCCUUACAUCUUUAGCCGGUCUAUUCUCACGUCAUCGUCUUCGGAAACUCUUACUCCUACCUCACCUCUCUUCACCACCCAACUCUUUCGCCCACCAUGCAGCUCUCCCACGCUCUCCUCGCUCUCCUCACGGUGACGGCCACGACGUCGAGUGCCAUGCCCGUGCGUCACCGCCAGCGCGGCCACGGGCUCUCCGGCCGUCUCAUCGCGCGCGGCGAGCCUCUCGACGAGGCCCCGUCGGACGUCGUGGCGCGCGGCUACAGCCCCGAGGCCGUCGCAGCUGCCGUGCGCUCGCUCGCAGACGUCGGCGCCGGCGAGACCGAGCAGAUGGUGCGGCGCAUGGAGACGCUGGCGCCCGAGCAGCAGAAGCGUCUCUCGGCCAUCGACGAGCUCGCGGCGCGCGGCGACAUCGACGAGCUGGCCAACACGGUGCGCGACCUGACGCAGGAGCUCGUCUCGUACUCGCAAGGCCGCGGCCUGCGGCGUCGCCAGACGGGCAAUGCAGGCAUCGCCGGCCUCGUCAACACCAUCACCUGUCUGCUCAACAACCUGCUCGGCAUCGAGGAUGCUGGCUGCGCCGCCAUCUCGUCGGCCAACAUGCCGAGCGCCACGGGCAAGGCCACAACCAAGGACCAUGCCGGUGCCGUGCCGCUCGCCAACGUGCUCAACAGCAUUGCUGACAAGCUUCAGCACGGCAUCCUGCCCACCAACGGCACGACGGGCACGACGUCGCGCACGGCGCUCACCAAGUCGCAGGCCGCCACGCUUGCGGCGCAGGAGUCGGAGCAGGCGCCGGCGGCGCACGUCGAGGCCGUCUACACGGCGCACGGCAACCGGCGGCGCGGCCUCGAGAACCUCGUCGAGGUGCUGAAGCGCCUCAGCGACACGCUGCCCGAUAAGCGCGAGGCAAAGCACCUCAUCCUCAAGCCCACGGGCCCGCACUCGUUUGCCGUGCAGGACAGCAGCGACUCGUCGGCGACGACGGCGAGCGAGUCAAGCACCGACUCGAAUGCGGCGACGACGUCCAGCACCGACUCGGGCGCCACGGCUCAGCAGCAGCAGCCGGCCGCGGCCUCGUCGUCGGACUCGAGCGCCGCCCAGCCGGCUGCUGCCUCCUCCGAUUCGUCGGCCGCUCAGCCCGCCGCCGCUUCGUCCGACUCGAGCGCUCAGCCCGCCGCCGCUUCCACGGACUCGCAGGCCGCCCAGUCCGGCAGCGCCGCUUCCACGCCGGCGGCUUCGUCCGACUCGCAGGCGGCUCAGUCCGGCAGCACCGCCUCCACGCCCGCUGCUUCUUCCGACUCGACGGCCGCCCAGCCGGCCGCCGCGAGCACGACCGAGUCGCAGGGCGACCACUCUGGCACGGCGCCGUCGGCGACCGCGCCUGAGACCUCGAACAGCGGCUCGACGGCCAGCGACAGCUCGGCUGCUCCCGCCUCCGGCUCGACGAUGGAGAGCUCGGCUGCUCCUGCCUCCGGCUCGACGACAGAGAGCUCUGCCGCUCCGGCAUCGGGCUCGACGACGGACUCCUCUGCCACGCCCGCCAGCGGCAGCACGAAGGACUCCUCCUCCACGCCGGCCAGCGGCAGCACGACGGACUCAUCUGCCACGCCCGCCUCGGGCAGCACGACGUCCGAGUCCUCGGCUGCGCCCGCCAGCGGCUCCACGGACUCGACCAAGGAGAGCAGCAGCAGCGACAGCACGACGAGCGGCAGCUUCCCCGUCGCCGAUGCCGUCUCGGAGGCCAACAACGGCUCCAGCAGCACGCCCAAGGACUCCGAGACGACACCGGCGGCUGGGUCCGGCAGCGAGUCGACGACGCCGGCUAGCUCGACGCCCGCCGAGUCUACUCCUGCAAAGGACGAGACGCCUGCCAGCAGCACGCCCGCCGAGACGCCUGCCAGCAGCACGCCCGCCGAGACGCCUGCCAGCAGCACCCCGGCCGAGAGCACUCCGGCCAGCUCGACGCCGGCAGAGUCCACGCCCGCAAAGGAGGAGACGCCGGCUUCGUCCACGCCGGCCGAGACACCCGCCAGCUCCACGCCCGCCACGACGACGCCGGCGGAGUCUGCUCCCGCCAAGGAGGAGACUCCGGCUAGCUCGACGCCCGCCUCAUCGACGCCCGCCACGAGCACGCCGGCCGAGUCCACGCCUGCCGAGGAGGAGCCGGCGAGCAGCACGCCCUCCGACGAUGAGGACGAGACGCCCGCCACGGUGCCCGCCACCGAGCCGACCAAGGAGGAGACGCCGGCCACUACGCCCGUCGUCACCGGCCCCACGUCGCCCGUCGUCGGCGCCGUCAUCUGCCCGGACCCGACGCCCAACGACGGCAUGUACCGUCCCGACUGCCCCGGCUACGGCGGCCCCGCCUCGCCUGCCGCCUCGGUGCCCGUCGUCUCGCCGCCGUCGACAGGCGACGUUCCCGUCAUCGUCACGCCUCCUGUUGUCGUCUCGCCUCCGACCGAGGUCGAGGACUGCCCCACGCCGGUGCCCAACGACGGCAUGUGGCGGCCCAACUGCCCCGGCUACGGCGGGCGUCGCGACGUCAUCGACAAUCUCUCGGAGCGCGAGGUGUCGCAGCUGGCCGACCUGACGCCGCUCAUCAACUCGCUCAUCAAGCAGAUCACCGCCUACCUGCAGUCGCCCGCCAUGACUGCGCCCGCCGUCUCGCCCGCCGUCGUGGCCAACUCCACGGUUGCUGCUUCCGGCUCCGACAACACGGCCGCGCGCGUCAUGAUUGCCAAGCAGCGCGAUGAGCUGCUCGGCGCCGAUGGUCUCGACCUCGGCCGGCGCUCGGACAUCGACCUGAGCCAGAUCACGGCGCUGCUGCAGCUCCUCUCGCCGGCCAUCCACCAGGAGCGUCGCCAGGAGCCUGCCACGGUCAACAGCGGCAAUGCCGGCGGCACCAACGCCACGGCCACGAUCCAGCAGAGCAACAACCAGGGCGGCAUCAACGUCGGCGUCUCGGUGCUCGACAACCUCCUCUCGGGCCUCCUCAGCGGCGGCGGCGGUCUCCUCGGCGGCGGCCUCCUCCGCACCACCGUGCCGGCUGCCGGCGCUGCGGUGCAGAAGCAGUCGGCCGUCAAGCCGACGCUGCCCGCUGUCGACAAGAAGGCAGUGGACCAGCUCUCGGCUCUCCUCGUCGAGUCGCUCCGCACUGCCCUCGUCAAGGCGCAGGCCGCACCUGCGGUGGCCGUCGCCGCUUCCACCUCCGCCUCCGCUUCGGCCUAGACGCUCCGCACCGUACUCGUCACCUGCAUCUCCGCACCCGCACCCUCAUUGUUUCCUGACGCAUUUCGUAUCGACCCCUCAUUGCUAGAUUAGACCACAUUUGGACUCGGCAGUUCCCCCC